AUGGCCUCGCUGGACCUGCCGUACCGCUGCCCCCGCUGCGGGGAGCACAAGCGCUUCCGGAGCCUGUCGUCGCUGCGCGCGCACCUGGAGUACAGCCACACGUAUGAGACCCUCUACAUCCUCUCCAAGACCAACAGCAUCUGCGACGGUGCUGCUGCUGCUGCCGCGGCAGCGGCGGCUUCUGGCUUCCCGCUGGCGCCGGAGCCCGCCGCCCUGCUGGCGGUGCCGGGCGCCCGGCGCGAGGUCUUCGAGAGCACGUCCUUCCAGGGCAAGGAGCAGGCGGCCGGGCCCUCGCCCAACACACCCCACCUGCUGCACCACCACCACCACCACGCGCCCCUCGCCCACUUCCCUGGCGACCUGGUGCCCGCCAGCCUGCCCUGCGAGGAGCUGCCGGAGCCUGGCCUCGUGCCCGCCGCCGCCGCUCGCUACGCGCUGCGCGAGAUUGAGAUCCCGCUGGGGGAGCUGUUCGCCCGCAAGUCCGUGGCCUCCUCCGCGUGCUCGACGCCGCCGCCCGGCCCCAGCCCUUGCCCUGGGCCAGCCACCGCCUCUCCCGCUUCCCCCUCGCCCGCCGAUGUGGCUUACGAGGAGGGCCUGGCGCGUCUCAAGAUCCGCGCGCUGGAGAAGCUGGAGGUGGACCGGCGGUUGGAGCGGCUGAGCGAGGAGGUGGAGCAGAAGAUCGCAGGCCAGGUGGGCCGGCUGCAAGCCGAACUGGAGCGCAAGGCUGCGGAGCUGGAGACUGCGAGGCAGGAGAGCGCGCGGCUGGGGCGCGAGAAGGAGGAGCUGGAGGAGCGUGCGUCUGAGCUCUCCCGCCAGGUGGACGUGAGUGUGGAGCUGCUGGCCUCGCUCAAGCAGGACCUGGUGCACAAGGAACAGGAGCUGAGCCGCAAGCAGCAGGAGGUGGUGCAGAUCGACCAGUUCCUGAAGGAGACUGCUGCACGAGAGGCCAGCGCCAAGCUGCGGCUGCAGCAGUUCAUCGAGGAGCUCCUGGAGCGGGCUGACCGUGCAGAACGGCAGCUGCAGGUCAUCAGCAGCAGCUGUGGCAGCACACCUAGUGCCAGCCUGGGCCGUGGAGCUGGGGGAGGUGGCGCUGGGCCCGGGCCUCGGGGUCCAGGCAGAAUGCGAGAACACCACGUGGGCCUGGCCAUGCCUAGCACAUAUGCGGUGUCACGGCAUGGCUCCUCUCCCAGCACAGGGGCCUCCAGCCGCGUCCCAGCUGCAUCCCAGAGCUCAGGCUGCUAUGACAGUGACAGUCUGGAGUUGCCCCGGCCAGAAGAAGGGGCCCUGGAGGACAGUAGCCCUGGGGGCUUGGGCACACGGGCCCAGGCUGCCAACGGUGGCUCAGAGCGAGCUCAGGCUCCUCGAAGCUCAGGCCUGCGGCGCCAGGCCAUUCAGAACUGGCAGCGUAGACCCCGCCGACACAGCACGGAGGGGGAGGAGGGUGACAUUUCGGAUGUGGGCUCCCGAACCACCGAGUCAGAAGCUGAGGGCCCCUCGGAAGUCCCCCGCCCUGGGCCUGCUAUGGCUGGGCCCUUAAGCAGCUGCCGGCUCUCAGCCCGCUCUGAGGGAGGCAGUGGGCGGGGUCGGCGAGCAGAGAGGGGCAGCCCCUCACGGUCCAACGAGGUCAUUAGCCCGGAGAUCCUCAAGAUGCGAGCUGCCCUGUUCUGCAUCUUCACCUACUUGGACACACGCACACUCCUGCAUGCCGCCGAGGUCUGCCGGGACUGGCGCUUUGUGGCCCGCCACCCUGCCGUCUGGACUCGAGUGCUGCUUGAGAAUGCCCGAGUUUGUUCCAAGUUCCUGGCAAUGCUGGCUCAGUGGUGCACCCAGGCCCACUCGCUGACACUGCAGAACCUGAAGCCUCGGCAGCGGGGCAAGAAGGAGAGCAAGGAGGAAUAUGCCCGGAGCACCCGUGGCUGCCUGGAAGCAGGGCUGGAGUCCCUGCUGAAGGCGGCGGGGGGCAACCUGCUGAUCCUGCGCAUCUCCCACUGUCCCAACAUCCUCACCGACCGUUCGCUCUGGCUGGCCAGCUGCUACUGCCGUGCCCUGCAGGCCGUCACCUACAGGAGCGCUACAGAUCCCGUUGGCCAUGAGGUCAUUUGGGCCCUGGGCGCAGGCUGCAGAGAGAUCGUCUCCCUCCAGGUGGCACCACUUCACCCCUGCCAGCAGCCCACAAGGUUCAGUAAUCGCUGCCUGCAGAUGAUUGGUCGCUGCUGGCCCCACCUCAGGGCCCUGGGGGUUGGGGGCGCCGGCUGUGGGGUGCAGGGCCUGGCAUCACUCGCAAGAAACUGCAUGCGGCUGCAGGUCCUGGAGCUGGACCACGUGUCGGAGAUCACCCAGGAGGUGGCAGCUGAGGUCUGCCGGGAAGGCCUGAAAGGACUAGAGAUGCUGGUGCUCACGGCCACCCCUGUCACCCCCAAGGCCCUGCUGCACUUCAACAGCAUUUGCCGGAACCUCAAGUCCAUUGUGGUCCAGAUUGGGAUUGCCGAUUAUUUCAAAGAGCCCAGCAGUCCUGAGGCCCAGAAGCUGUUUGAAGACAUGGUGACAAAACUCCAGGCCCUGCGACGGAGGCCCGGCUUCUCGAAGAUCCUGCACAUCAAGGUGGAAGGCGGCUGCUAACCCGGGUGAGGGGCGGCAGGGCCCCUGCCAGCCCCACCCAGGGCACUCUC